UACAAUUCAAUUUUGACGAUACACAAGGUCAUGACCUUAAGUUGUUGAGAUGUCAGUAUAACGCUGCAUGCUUCAAUGAACUCGGUUAAAUGCCUUAAGUUGGUCACAACCAGAUCAAAAAUCUUGCACUGCUUAAUAGAGGAUAGUUUAGUUGCGAAAUCUACAGUUUAUCGAUUUUCAACCAGACCCGGAUUGAUUUCAAAUUCUGUAAAGACAAAUGCACAGUCAAAACCGUCGUCCCUUGUUGGUAAACAUGCACCACUGAUUCUUACAAAAUCAGCUGUAGCUCGAGCUCUGCAGCUCUUGCAAAUGAAUCCAAAAGCCACAGGAUUACGCAUUGGAGUUAGGACCCGUGGAUGUAAUGGCUUGUCAUAUACUUUGGACUUUUGUUUUGAAGGACGCCAACCCGGAGAUGAAGUUGUAGAACAAGAUAAUGUCCGCAUUUUCAUUGAUCGCCGAGCUCAGCUGACGUUACUAGGUACUGAAAUGGACUAUCAACAGGACGUACUAUCAAGUCAAUUUGUUUUUAAUAACCCUAAUAUUAAAGGCACAUGUGGGUGCGGAGAGAGCUUUAGUGUAUAGAUUUCGAUUCUUAAUUUUGAUCUAGCACCCGUGUGUACUUCCAGAUAUGUAUUAAAUUUAAUUCAAUUUAUUCUUUAGUAAAUGUUUUCUGUUUA